GCUGGCUAGUAGACAUUUCUGUAGAGCUCAAGUGGAGCAAAAAUAUUUUAAAGCCCACAGCUAAGGAGUGAUGCUGCCAAGGUCACUGCCAUUGAGAGGUUUAAUGACUUGGCAGACGCAAUUGUGGACAAGGACGAGGCAGGGAAGGUUCAAAACACCCCAGCAGCUACAGCUGCACAUGUUACUCAGGAUGGUCAAUGCUGGAUUAAAUGAAAUAUGUCUUGAAAGAAAGGAUCCAGUGCCAAAUUAUUUGUUCUUUGGAGAACAAAGAGUGAACAAAUGAGUCCAGAUAAACUGGCAGGUGUACUGAAUGCCUCUACUGAGGCUGCAUGUGGUGGCCCAGCAGGUGUGCAUCAAGUCCAGUUCAGCUCUGCUUAGUUUUUUGCAUCUUGUGCAGUUACAAGAGUUACCAAUGUGAACUCUAAGAAUAUGGUUUGAUCUCUAAAAAUAGCCUUGAAAUUGUAAAAUGCCAAAAAAAAAAAUCGAUAUGUAAAAUCUUUAUUUUGCAGUUUAGGACAGUGUUUUCUCAUGGUAAGCCGCAGAGUGAUUAAAACGAAAAGAAAAGCUGAAACUCGUAACACUCAUCUGGAGUAAGAAGGAAAAUUGUCCAGUACAUCCUGUGUGUUCCAGGAAUGGGAUGUGGACGGGCAGGACAAGAGGUGAGGAGAAACCAGUCCUACAGAAAAUAUCUGCUCUCGUUGAGGCCAGUUGCUGCCAUAGUGACUGGCUGAAAGAAGUGGUAAAGCAAACAGAAAUAAUCUGCAUGGAAUAAAAGAGCUAUGGUUUUAAAAGCUAGUGCUUGGUGCAUAUUUACUCAGUAGAUUAGCCCAGUAAUUGUCACUGGGACUUCUGUUUCAUCUUUUGCUGAGAUUCCUAUGGGUUUGUUUUCCAGGUACAGGGACUUUAAGAGCAUGAAUUGAAGACAGAUAGGUGGGAUGCCUGCCUCCUGUGGGCAGUGCAGCCGCCUCCUACCGCCCCAGCUUGGCUCUCUCCAGGUCCUUCAUGGCAACGGCACCGAUGUGGGAACAGUGGUCACAUUCCAGUGCUCCGCCGAGCACCAGCUGGAGGGAUCAGGCAUUGUCACCUGCGUUUGGAAAGGGAACAGCACACAGUGGACAGCCGGAGUGCCCUCCUGCAAGCCCAUAUCAAAAUACGAGACUUUUGGCUUUAAGGUCGCAGUGAUUGCCUCCAUUGUGAGCUGUGCUGUCAUUCUGCUGAUGUCCAUGGCUUUCUUAACUUGCUGUCUGAUCAAGUGUGUGAAGAAAAGUGAGAGGAGGGGAACUCAAAGAGAAAUGCAGCUGUGGUACCAGCUAAGGACUGAAGAACUAGAGCACAUGCAAGCUGCUUACUUUGGUUUUAAGGGAAGAAACAAUAGCAACAACAAUAAAAAACUCAGGAAUACAUCUGUAUUUGGUGACAUGACUAACAUGGCAUAUGAUAACCAAGGCUUCUACAGGUCCCAGGAAGAGUGGACUCAGGAUGUCGUAGUUCCUGGGUGUUGCAAAGACAACAGUCACCUGCUGAAGGUAGCCAAGAGCAGUGGUGCGCUUGGGACACAUGCAGUACCAAGACACAACGCUGCACUGCAGACAGUGAACUCCAUACACUUUGUUGAAGUCUACAGUCAUAAGGAUAGUUACAACAAACCAACCUGCCAGAUACCUGGAUAGCUGGCGUCUGACAUGCAGCUGCUUCUCUGGACCAAAAUGAAAUUUUCAUAGAAAUAUGUGCCUUAAAGACAACAUAGAAAAUUCAUUAUUCAUAUGAAUUAUAAGUUUUCUAUAUUCCAAGAUGGUUAUUUAACAGAAAUGCUUCAAGGUCUGAUACAAAUAAAGGUAUGAAUGUUGGAGCUGUCAAUCCAGAGCUGUUCUCUGCAGUGUGCUGUGCAGUGUGACUAUGGCAAAAGCAUCAUGUCCUUCUGCACAGCUAGAGAGGUGGUACCCAGUUUGCCUCAUACGAAGUUGCUGAUAAUAAUUAUACACCCUCAGAUUCCAAUUUUCUCUGAACCAGUGGGUUUUGUAAGAAUUUCAGAGUGAGACGUCCUCCAUAUUUUUACAAAGUAGCAUGAUAGAACUACAAAAAAAUUUGGUUUUAAUUAAAUCCCCCAUUGUUUUGUAUCAGGAAGGUCUUUAAUUCAUCUGCUCUGCGUUUAGAGAUCAUGUGAGACUGGGUGCAGCAAAGACCCAUCUGCUGGUCUGCCAGCCUGUGGGAGAGAUGGCAUAUGGAGGGAUGUGGUGUCAUGCUGUGGCACACCUUGGACUCCCACCAGUGACCUCCCGUAGCGUCUACAGGUGUCCCAGUGCCAGAGCAGCUGGUGUGCAGGUGAGGACAGCAGUGCAGCCUUGCUGGAGCAGCCAGUUUGGGAUUGCUGCAGCAUUGUCCCUUAUGAGAGCUCUCUAAAUGAAGGGCUGAAGUAGCUUUUGAAAGCCUGCCUUCUUUGCCUAUUGUUAAUCUGUUCAUCAUGUGAGGAAACAAGGUGGGUUUUUUUCUUGUUUUGUCCCUUUUGAGGGUAUUGAGGGCCUGGCCCUUAGAAAAUGGGAAAGGGGAAAGUCUAACUUUAAUAACAGGAGAGAAGAGAACCUUAAAAGUACCAGAAUGGAAGGGUUUCUCUGAUCCCCAGAAGUGUAGAACAAAUAGUUAAACAAUUCCUUCACAAAGAAGAUACAUCUCAACCAAGGAUUAAAAACAGUUAUAGGCAUGGGAGGAAGGUGUUCUGUCCUACUGGCAAUAUUGUGCUUAAGGUACAAGUGUGAAGGGUGACCAAGAUAUCCUUGAUCCUGCCUCUCUGCAGCUCCUUUGAACUUCCUUCCUCUUCUCAAUCUGUAUGAUUAUCUUCGCUGAAUUCCAUGAUUUCGUUCCCUGGUG